ACACCAACCCACAGCAACCUGAUACCGGAGACGAGCGGUCCAGACAAGCCUGCAAACGAGGCGUUCCCAGCCGCCCUUGUCUGUCUGUCUGACUGUCUGUCUGUCUCUCUGUCUGUCUGCACCGGCGGAGCUCCGAGCCGUCAACGCCAAACGCGAGCCGACCGCCUCGGGGAAGAUCACAUCAAGAAGAAGAGAUAUCUAUUCACUCAACCCCGUCGUCUGCCAGCUCGGGAGCAAUAAUCCCCGUCUAUCGCAGAGCAGGGAAAAGAAAUCUCACGGCUAGAGACGCUGUUGACCUGUGAUUUAUUUAUUUAUUUCUUUCUUUCUACCCCAGAGAGAGAGAGAGAGAGAGAGAGAGAGAGAAGGAGACCGUGAAAUGAGACGGGACGCGGGGGGACUCACUGGUUAGCUGUUAGGCUAACAUCGGUUAGCAGCCAGCUUGUUAAAACCCUCACCGAGCUAAUUUGGCUAUCGCUCGUAUGCCAAGUUGUUCCCCCCGUUGUGUGGGGCUGUUUGGGGGCAUGGCGUGUGUGUGCGCGAUUUAGUUGUGUGUCGGUGAUUUUUCUCUGCUGGUAUUUACCCUGUUUGCCCCAAAGUUUUGUCGCCCUGGGCAGCUAGCAUGUCGGCUAGCAGAUAUGGACGUUGUUCGCUGGCUAGCUGUAGAUGGCAAACAAGUUAGCUGCCUGCUUUAUAGGGACUAACUUAACUUUUUGUUUUGUUUUUAUUGGCAGUGAAUUAUUAGUUAUCAAAUCACGUCCACCGACCUUCUCUUUUUUCCUCUAUUUUUUUAAAUUUUUUUUUUUUUUUGCAUCAUUUCUCGAUGUGCUCCAUGCCUGAGAGAUCAGUUCAAGUUAUUGAGCUGACGUGAGGAAAAUAAGGGAGUUAAAGAAGAACAACAACAACAUAAAAACAACAACAAGACGUUUAACGGGACUUGGAGGAGCUCCAACUACGAGACCAAAGUCGAGGUACACUGUCAUGGCUGUCAUGGGCCGGAUCACGAUGAAAUCUCUCGCCAAAUUUGGGUUUUGCCUGACGAUCCUGCUCACUUCUGUGGCCGCGGCGCAGGGUGAGGAGAGGGAGUGUGCCUUCACAGACCAGCACCAGCAGUGGGAGGUGGAUCGAGUGGCGGGGGGCGAAGGCCGGGUCUCCCCAGAGAACACCACCAUCCGAUGUGCCAAGGGCAGCCACUGUUUUGGACUGUGGGAGAAAAGUCCUCCAGGCGAAGUGCGACUUGUCAAACAAGGUUGCUGGACACAUCUGGGCGACCACCAGGCUUGCCGUGACGACCGCUGUGUCGUGACCAACCUCCCUCCACAGAUGCAGAAUGGGACGUACCACUUCUGCUGCUGCGGCAGCGACAUGUGCAAUGUCAACUUCACAGAGGACUUCCCACCGCCCAGCCCCACCACUGCGCAACCCAUCUACUCUGGCACACUGGGCUACAAAGAGACAGUAAUUAUCACCCUGGCAACAGUCUCCGUGCUGGCCGUGCUUGCUGUAGCAGCCUUCUUUGGUUAUAGCAUGAUGCACGGAGAUGGGAAGCAAGGGCUUCACAACCUCAAUAUGAUGGAGGCUGCUGGCUCUGAGAGCUCUCUGGACCUAGACAAUCUCAAACUGCUGGAGCUGAUUGGGCGUGGCAGAUACGGCACCGUCUACUGUGGCUCUCUGGACGAGCGACCCGUGGCUGUGAAAGUGUUCACUGCAGCCAACCGGCAGAACUUCCUAAAUGAAUGCUCCAUCUACCGGCUACCGCUGCUGGAGCAUGACAACAUCGCCCGGUUUGUGGCUGCAGACGAGCGGACAGGCCCAGAGGGACGCACCGAAUACCUGCUCGUCAUGGACUACUACCCACAUGGCUCUCUGAGUCGCUACCUGAGCGUCCAGACCAACGAUUGGGUCAGCAGCUGCCGUCUCGCUCACUCCGUCACUCGCGGCCUGGCGUACCUGCACACCGAGCUCUUCAAAGGAGACUUGUACAAGCCCGCCGUUUCCCACAGGGACCUGAACAGCCGAAAUGUUCUCGUCAAGGCUGAUGGCACGUGUGUCAUCAUUGAUUUCGGCCUGUCCAUGAAGCUGACAGGAAACAGGCCGGCGCGUCACGGAGAGGAGGAAAAUGCUGCUAUAAGUGAGGUGGGGACUAUCCGCUACAUGGCUCCAGAGGUUCUGGAGGGGGCGGUGAACCUGAGGGACUGUGAGUCGGCGCUGAAGCAGGUGGAUAUGUACGCCCUGGGCCUGAUCUACUGGGAGACCUUCAUGAGAUGUACCGACCUUUUCCCUGGAGAAUCUGUGCCAGAGUACCAGAUGGCCUUCCAAGCGGAGGCAGGGAACCACCCGACGUUUGAGGACAUGCAGGUCCUGGUGUCCAGGGAGAAGCAACGGCCCAAAUUCCCCGAGGCCUGGAAAGAGAACAGUUUGGCGGUUCGCUCUUUGAAAGAGACAAUGGAGGACUGUUGGGACCAGGAUGCAGAGGCCCGCCUCACGGCACAAUGUGCAGAGGAACGACUGGCAGAGCUGCUCCUCAUAUGGGACCGCUCCAAGUCUGUCAGCCCUACACUCAACCCCAUGUCCACCACCCUGCACAAUGAGAGAAAUCGCAUGACACCGAAGUCUGGCCCGUACACAGACCACCCCUCCACCUACAUCGAAGAGCACGAGGGUGUGCCCAAGAACACGCAGCAGGACACCACUAGCUCUGUGAGCGGUCGAGCCGGAGCUGGGACCGGAGAGAGAAACAGGAAUUCAAUCAACCAGGAGCGGCAGCAGCAAGCCAACGCCCGCCUGCCCAGCCCAGAGGGCAGCAGCACCAGCAUGGGCCUGAGAGGCAGCCCCUCAGCCUCCACUACAACCACCACUAUUAUCUCUGAGUCUGAGGGACCUGUAGUGGUCGCCACAGUCCCCGUCUGCCUCCACCUGACCCAGGAAGACCUGGAAACCACCAAGCUUGACCCCAAAGAGGUGGACAAGAACCUGAAGGAGAGCUCGGACGAGAACCUGAUGGAGCACUCACAGAAGCAGUUCUGCUCACCCGAUCCACUGAGCCCCGGCAGCUCCAGCCUCCUUUACCCCCUCAUCAAGAUGGCCACUGAGGCAUCGGGCACGUCAGACGCCGCCGGGCCCAUGCCCACCACCAUAUUCCCCCUGCCCAAGCAGCAGAACCUGCCCAAGAGGCCGUCCAGUCUGCCCCUGCGCACCAAACCCACCAAGAAGGAGUCUUCAUCGUCUUCGCUCAGGUUCAAGUUUGGUCGCUCAGGGAAGUCCAACCUGCGGCAGGUGGAGGGAACAAAGAUGAACAUUGGUGCAGUAACGGGCACGAACACAGCCGUAGAGGCUCAUCGGGGCACAGGCACGAACAACACACCUGUCCUACGAGACACGCAUGUCAACGGCAGCGUUAACGGUGCAGUUAACGGUCACGCCAGCACUGCAAUCUCGUCCAUGGCUACGGGUGGAGCGACAGGAUUCGGAGGAUCCAGCAUAACUCAGAACGGGUCCGGAGUGCUGAGGUCGGACGACGGCCGUCUCAGCCUCGGCGUCAUCACAGCCAGCCCAGACGAACACGAGCCCCUUCUGAGCCGCGAGCGAGAGCAGCCCGACCCGAGAGACGCGUCCUCGAGCGUCGCCGCUCUCCGCUCGGCCCGACCCAACACCAACAACAACAACAGCAACAACGGCCACGGCAAGGGGGACGGGGAGAGCGGAGGAGAGAGUGAUGGAGGAGAGGAGGAGGGGAGCGGGGAAGGAGGAAGCAGGGAAACCACGGGGCCCCCGGGAGAAAGCUCGGGGUCGGGAUCCGGCGCCGCUGACCACCACGGGCAAGCUCCAGUCACCAUGAGAGGGGAGGCCCUGCUCAGGCAGCCCAGAGCCCGCAGGCCUGAGAGACCCAACUCCCUGGACCUGUCCUUCACUACACAGGACCUGGCCUCACUAGGGGAGGGCUUGGUACAGCCAGAUGGAGCCUUGGGGGGGACAGGAGAGAAGAUCAAGAAGCGCGUCAAAACCCCCUACUCCCUGAAGAAGUGGCGACCCACCACAUGGGUCAUCUCCACAGACACCCGGGGGCCGGAGGUCAACAACAACGGCUCCUCCCGCGGCCAAGGUCACAGUCAGAACCGGCCCAAGUCCACUUCGGCGAUCUACCUGCGGGGGGGGAGCUUGGCCAGCGAGCCCAGCGACACGCAUGUGUGAACUCGGACCCUCUGACAAGACUGAAGAAAAAAAAAUGUAAAAAAUAAGCAGAGAACGUUUUGGUUUGCUGUCUGCUGAGCUCUCUGCUCUGAAUCAGCAAGAGGAAGCUAUGAUGGAGUGUCUUGUGAACAAACAGUCGAGUCUGAUCGUGUACAGUAAUUAGGUCUGUCUCGCUCCUGUGUGUCUUUCUGAUGAUGGCAUUGCUUUAAAUGGAAUCCAGCUAUGCAGCAUUCUCACCCGCUUGUUUCCGUAUCUUAUUAAUCUCCCCUUUUUGUCGGUUUUUGUUUCAUCCUUUACAAACGUGUAGCAAUCGAUUUCUUUUUUUUUUUUUUCUUCUUUUCUAUGUGCACUUUGAACCGAUUAAAAUCAGUGUUUAGAAGUCCUGUCUGUUGCGACCACGACAAGAAAGUGGUCUCUAAACUUAAAAAGGCGAUGAAAAACAAUCAACACUUUGAGCGUUCUUUUCUCGUACUUUGCUGUAUCAAGCAAUGUCCUGGAGGUGGGCUCUGUAAAAGAAUUGACGGUCUUAAAAGACGGAACAAACUACUUUAACUGUUAUCUUUUUAUUUCCUUGAUUUGUAUGCAAUACCAAUUCUUGUCCUUUUUUAAAUAUGUAUCCAUUUUUUUUUGUAUCAUAAUUUUUAAUUGUGCAAUAGGAUGUAGCUUUUAGAUGCUUUCGAUGUUUUUAUCGCUUCCAUUAUUUUGGUCAUUAUUUUGAUAUGUUAAUCUCUGUUGCACUUAUGAAUAGUCACAAUCGUUUUUUGUAAACAAUCUACAUACGCUAUCACCCCCCCUGACUCAAGAGGAGAAAAUGGAUGACAAUCCUCUCUUUCCUUCUUCUCUGGACUAUUUUUAGGGGGCACAAAAAACACUAAACAAUCAAUCGCAGCUGACUGGAAAAGUGAGUUUUCGUGGAACUUCUUGAACAAUUGCACCAGGAAUGACUCAAACUUUGGGGUCUUUUAACACUACAAUCACCAGAAUCAAAUCUACGGAGGGAUCUGUUACAGUGGCCCGACGCAAUCACUGUACCACUAUCACCUGACCUCACUGUGGACUGUGUGUUUUAGCUGUCUGUAUAUGACUGAAAGACUAGAAACACUAGAAAGAUCGAACUCUGUUGGGAAUCCGAAACUAGUCUAAAAAAAAAAAAACCCCUCAAAAAACCAAACCCCCCUCUGAAGCACGCUGGAUAUUAUUUCUGCUUCUUGUUGUCUCAUCCCUUGAUGUUCAAAUGACUGAUUCAGUGUAUGUGUGAGAGAGAGAGAGUGUGUGUGUGUGAGAGAGAGAGAGAGAGAGAGUGUGUGUGUGCACAUGUUGUGUUUCUAUAUGUCAGCAAGCAUUAGAAUUGUUGGGGCCUAGCGCUGUACAGGCGUGCUGAAAUGUCAUUGUACUCAUUCUGUAUUUUCAGCGCUGCUUCAGGGCAUAUGAAAAGAUCUCAUUUAUGUUUUUGUAAUCUGUAAUUUGUAUGAAAAAAACAUAUGUAUGUGUAUUGCAUUAAUAUUUGCAUCAUUUUUAUGGAAUUCUGUUUUUGCAUUCAAUGGACAUGGCCUUUGAUUCCAUUGCUAUGCGUCUGCUCGGUACAGUUUCUGUAAACAUUUUCAAGUCAAUAUGAAAGAAAAAGUUCUCAAUAAAUGUAUGAAAUAAUUGUUGCUUA